AUGGCGUACUGGCUCAUGAAGAAUUGGGCUGCAGAAGUACGUGAGGAGGUCUACGGUGAACCGAAGACAGAUGUAAUGGAUCUCACUACCGAGGACAUGCGUGAGCUCUCGAUCGGGAAUGUGACAGGUACCAUCCUUGCUAAACUCGAAAUCAUGAACAAUGAGGACUUCUCUGUGUACAUGACAGACAUAAACUUCAAAAAGUUUGUAAAUGAGGUUGUGAGACUCAGACCGGGGUUCCCUCCUCAUCUCAGAAUGGACGUAGUCAAGUUAUGGGGCAGACUGAUCGCUGAUGGAAUACUGACGGUCUAA